AUGGGAAAAGAUACUGCUAAAGAAGAUGUCGGCGCUGAUGAUACCCACAGUGGUAAUGUAGGCGAAUACCAGAUUACUGUCGAUCAAGUGAAAGAAUUGAUGAAACUACAUGGCAAGGAGUUGGUUGACAAAUUGAAUGCCUCUUAUGGUGGCAUGAAAGGUUUGCUAGAAAAAUUAAAAGUGGAUGGUCAAAAAGGAUUACAGUCAGAUAACAAGCAAGAUUUAGAAAAACGCCAACAAGUUUUUGGAAAAAAUGAAAUACCACCAAAACCAAUGAAAAGUUUUCUACGUUUGUGUUGGGAAGCACUUCAUGAUAUGAUGUUAAUCAUUUUACUCAUUUGUGCCGUUGUAUCGAUCGGUCUUUCGUUUUAUAAAGCACCAUCUACUUCGGCCGCAUCAACAACUACAACUGCCGCGUCUGCCACUUCAGGUGGAACAUCAAGUGAAGCUAAUCUGGAAUGGAUUGAGGGAGUGGCCAUUCUGGCUGCUGUUCUAGUAGUUGUUUUUGUCACAGCCUUAAAUGACUGGCGAAAAGAGCGUCAAUUUCGAGGACUGCAGUCAAAAAUUGAAAAAGAUAAAGUAACAUCAGUUGUGAGAGAUAACAAAAUACAACAAAUACCCAUUCAAGAACUUGUGGUGGGAGAUCUCUGUUUCAUCAAGUAUGGUGAUCUUUUACCAGCUGAUGGCCUCAUCGUACAAGCAAGCGACUAG